AUGAACUUCUUUAACUGGGCAAGAGGCAGCGAUGGCCCUGCUCCAUCGGUUGCUGGUCAGCCUCCUGGGCAAGCCCCAGAUGGUGCCGACGCAGGUGCCGGCGCCGGGGCAAGAUCCAGACCGGCGCCGCUGGACCUGAACAACAACGCUAUGACAGACGACGAAAAGUGGACGAGAUCAAAGAAUCGUUGGAGACUUGCCAUUAAGCCCGACGACCCGGAUUUUGUGCAACAACGCCGCGUGUUCGAGGACGCACUGGACCCUGGCUCGGGACAGAGCAUCGACGACAUCCUCACGGCACACUUCGCAAGAUACGAGGCCCAAAAGUUCAGCGGCUACGUCGAGAGGAAGCGUGAGCCCGACUUGUACCGGCAGCAGCGAAGUGACGCUGAUGCCUACAACACGCUCUUGAAAAGGCCCCCUUGGGACCAGGAGGCCCCCAACGCUUUUCUCGCCUUCAAACUGACCAUGCUGUACUUUGGCUUCCCGGUGGAGCCCAUGAAGAUGAAUGACUUCUUCAGGCUUCCUCCUGGGUCCGGCUUGUUUGGUAUUGACGACGACGACGACGACGACGACGACUUGGAUGAUAAUCGCACCUUUAUUCCGGAGGACAUGCGCCCACUACGCUUCCUCAAUAACUACGAAAAUCGUUCCUAUGGCGCCGACAACGGCCACCUGAUGCCGGACCCGACUUAUGAGGCUUUCUAUGGCUUGCCUUACAACCCACCGCCUGAGGGCCAGCAGGUCGGGCACGAGGGCACGGGCACGGGGCCGCAGGCCGACAUGCGCAUCCGCGGCAGAGGUUUGGGCGAGGACGACGACGUGGACUUGAUGAGCGAAGACUCCAUCGACGGUGCUUCGUUCUCUUCCGACUCGCUGCUCCCAGACGCCCCUGAAGACGACGGCGGCGACACUGGAGUGCUCAACCUCCGUGGGGGGGCAGGACGAGCAGCGCCCGAUGAUGGAACUGCGCAGAACCACACUCAUAAUCAUCACCGCAACCAGAACUGGCAGACGCAGACCGGACAGGCACAGGAUACUCAUCACCACCAUCAAAAUGGACACACGCAGACCGGGCAGCUGGGCCACGACCAAGGCAUACUAGAUCAGGGCGUCCCGCAUCUCGCCACGGCCGUCGAUGCCUUCCAGUCGGGCAAGUACUACCGCGAGAGGUCUUAUGCUUCGCCAAUGUCGGUCCAGGUAGGCGAUCAGCAUCCCAAGUUCCCCAUCAAUGCGCCGGCCAUAGAGCAGAUCCGGCGGCCUCAGGCCGCGGGCGGACUCGAGGCGGACUCGAUGCCCAUCGUGAGCACGCAAAUCAUGACUCCAACGGAGCAGCGGGCGCUGCAGCAAGCCUUCUUCCAGAUGCGCGCCAUCGCCCUCAACCGCGGCCAGCAGUGCCCGCACCCUGGCUGUGAUGCCUACUUCCCCGUCGGGCCCAACAACAUGGCUGCCUUCCACGCGCACCUGGAUGAGAAGCACGUCGGCACGCACUGCCCCUUCUGCACCGAGACGCUCUUCUCGUACUGGUCCGAGGCACAGAAGGAGAAACACUUCGUCAGCAAGCACUCCGAGUACUUCACCAAGCGCGGCGACCUCCUGAGGGAGGCCAUGCUGGCGGCCAGCAUCCCGAGCAAGGGCAAUGUCCACAGGAGGGAGGAGCAGUACAACUUCUGCCCCCGCUGCGGCCGCGACCACCAGACGCUGAGCAGCAAAGCCGAUCGGGUGCACCAUGACAAUGCCUGCUUCCCCGGCAACGAGGCCACGGUCCCCACAACCCAGUACUGCAAGCGCUGUGGGCAGCCAGAACACGUACUCGUCGGCCCGGGCAUCGACAAGCAGCGGCAGCAGCACCAGUGCACCGCCGCCGGUACUGACCCAGACCAUCAGGAGCCCGCCUCUGCCAUCUUCUGCCCUCAAUGCGCCCUCAAGUGCCACGAGCUGCCCGUUUCAUACGGCAGACGCCAUCUGUUCCACUGCAAGCCCCUGGGCUCCAGGGCAGACAGCUGGUGCCCGUGGUGCGGCAUCGACCUCAAGUCGGGACCACGGCCAAUCCGUCUCAAGCACUUGGCAGGCUGCGCGCUGAGACCUGCCAGCGGCCAGAACCCCAUCGACACCGACUCAGGCAUCCCACACGAGAGCCCCCGUGACGUCCGGGCGCACAGGCUUGUGCAUGGCCUCUCUAACUUGGGCAGGAACAACGGCCGCGAAAGGUUGAGAGUGCCCCCAAAAUGCCCUGUUGACGGCUGCGACGCCGACCUGAGCACAUGGAAUGCCCGGGGCCUCUACCUCCACUUCCAGACGCAUCCCGAAAAUACGUUGGAGGCCAGCGGCGGCCUGAAGAGCUGCCCCUUCUGCAAAUGUGACUUUGGCAUGCGAGGGUGGACCACAAACGUGGAAAAGCAGCAGCACUUCCAGGACCACCUCGAGGGGCGAUACAAACGCCUGUUGGCCGACGAGGUCAUCGGUACCAAUCCGGACAGGGAGAGCGCCAUCGUGCGGGACGCCAUAUUGACACGUGAUAAUGACGAGUUUGACCAACAGGCCGAGAUCAACUCGCUUUUGGCAGAAACGGUCCAGCAGGCCGAGAGCAUCAAGCAUCUCUCGACCGAGCUUAGAAAGGUCAGGGUUGUCGAGCCUCGCCGCGAGAGGAGACCGGUACCAGAGACGGUGAAUCUGAGCACACCUAGAGGCACAGAGAGCGGCGGAACACACAUGCCAAUCACUCCGCCUUUCCCCGUCGUGGCAGCGCGGCGAGGAGCUGCUAGGGCCUCGAGACCAAACACCAGUAGCCGCACGCCCGCCUCUGUCUCUAAACGCAAAGACGGCUAUGAUGGACAGCUUGCGGGACGACCGGAAAAGAAGUCCAAAAUUGUCCAACAAGGCCCAUCGAGCACCACCAUCUCGGGCUUUGCUACUGGACGCCAUCUCUCAACAAGUGUCCCGGCUGCCGGUGAAGACGACAAUUAUGACGACGAGGACGAGGACGACGAGGGGGAGGAGGAGGAUCAACUAGAGCUGGAAGAGGUAGACAUGGAUGACGGGAUCGUGGACGAGGACGAGGACGACUACGAUUCCUAUAGCGAUGACCACGAUGAGCUGGCUGAUUGA